GAAUAGAAUCAGAAGUUCUACGUCUAUCAAUCGUGCCUUAAGGAGAAAUAAUCUGGUUUCAGAAUGUUGACGGCUCUCUUCUUUCUUAAUGCCCUAGCUUUUGCUACUGCUCAUGACACCCACGGUGACCAGAAAACUCUCUCCGGGCCGCAUCAGUCCUUAUGGUACAAUGUUCUGCCCGGGGAUGGUGGAACGCAGGCUGACUCGGUGUUCUCUGGGAUCUCUACGUUUGGGCGCCUACCAUAUCAACCCUGCUUAGGCCACGAUGAGAUCAAUUAUGAUCUUGCAUUCAUAGGGGCACCCUUUGAUACUGGCACGUCGUACCGGCCUGGUGCUCGGUUCGGUCCCUCGGGAAUUCGUCAGGGAUCUCGACGUCUCAACCUCUAUGGAGGGUAUAAUGUUCCCCUAGACACGAACCCCUUUAAUGGAUGGGCGAAGGUCCUCGACUGUGGAGAUAUCCCAGUGACAUCUUACGAUAACACAUGGGCUCUUAAGCAAAUCGAAGAGGGCCACUACAACAUCCUAUCCCGAGCCCCAAAGACGGCCGCAAACAAGCCUGGACCGUCUAAAAAGGGGAAAACUUUACCACGAGUCAUCACUCUUGGUGGUGACCACACCAUCACCCUCCCUUUACUCCGCUCGAUCAACCGGGCAUACGGUCCUGUAACAGUCAUCCACUUCGAUAGCCACCUAGAUACCUGGCGUCCCAAAGUCUUCGGCGGCUCCCCCUCCGAAGUCGCAAGCAUCAACCAUGGGACUUACUUCUACCACGCGGCGAGCGAGGGCCUGCUUGCCAACGACACCAAUAUCCACGCGGGCAUCCGCACCACGCUCAGCGGGCCCAGCGACUACGAGAACGACGGGUACUGCGGCUUCGAGAUUGUCGAGGCCCGCGAGAUCGAUCAAAUCGGCGCCGAGGGCAUCAUCAAAAAGAUCGUGGAGCGCGUCGGCACGACCAAUCCCGUUUACUUGUCUCUCGAUAUCGAUACCUUGGACCCGGCGUUCGCGCCGGCGACGGGGACCCCGGAGACAGGUGGUUGGAGCACUAGGGAGCUGCGCACGAUUUUGAGGGGCUUGGAGCAUGUCAAUCUAAUUGGGGCGGAUAUCGUGGAGGUUGCCCCUGCUUAUGACACGAAUGCUGAGCACACCACGAUGGCGGCAGCCGAUGCUUUAUACGAAAUAAUGAGCAUAAUGUUAAAAAAGGGGCCGUUGAGUAACAUGGUCUCUACCGGUUCUGAGGAAGAGCUAUGAGUUUCCCUGCGCGUCCCCGUAGAUGCGAUUUCGGGAAUGGGUAAAUUUUGGGAUCUCUAGAAUAUUGCUACUAGGCGGGAUCAGUAGCCCUUUAAAGAAGAAGGGGGCGUGUGUCAUGAAGCACCUAUCUAACUCAACUUGUAUUGCGUAGAGCUAAUAUCAAGUUGAGUGCCAUGUGUCGUCUAGGAGAACGUGUGCUCGGAGUACGCGUCGCGUUCAGGCAAUUCUCUUUUGAAAUGCGCGUUCGCAGGAAACAUUUAAACUGUAAAAGCGCACCCUCUAUCAAUCUAAGGCGCCAUUUAAGAACAUUUAGUACAGCGGUUUGACCGCAAAUUUAGGGCACAUAUGAAGUGAAGCAUUUACAUUCGAAUCUAUGGAGCUGGGGACAAUGUUUGACCAUUUUGCCAUUUUUAUCAACUUUUUAC